CUCUCUCUCUCUCUCUCUCUCUCUCUCUCUCUCUCUCUCUCUCUCUCUCUCUCUCUCUCUCUCUCUCUCUCAUGAAUAAAGCUGAUGCAAACAACUAAGCCCAUUUCUAGCUUCUGUACAGAAGCGAACCAUAUUGAUCAAUUGGUAGCUUCAUCUGUAAGAUAAAGGACAUAACCCACUAAAACCUACUAUACACCGACAUGUUAGAAACCGACCACCACCACCACCACCUUCACCACAACCAUCACCUCCCUCAUGCACCACCUCCAACUUCAUCAGAUCAUUCUCUUUCUUGCAAAAGAAAAAGACGUCCCGCCGGUACUCCAGAUCCAGAUGCUGAGGUUGUGUCGUUAUCUCCCAAAACUUUGCUGGAGUCAGACCGAUACGUGUGUGAGAUCUGUAACCAAGGCUUUCAACGGGACCAGAAUCUUCAGAUGCACCGAAGGCGACACAAAGUACCAUGGAAGUUACUGAAGAGGGAGUCGCCGGAGGUAAAGAAAAGAGUUUUCGUAUGCCCGGAGCCUAGCUGCUUGCAUCAUGAUCCUUGUCAUGCUCUCGGUGACCUCGUAGGAAUCAAGAAACACUUUCGCAGGAAACAUAGUAACAAUAAACAGUGGGUUUGUGACAAGUGCUCAAAGGGUUAUGCUGUUCAAUCUGAUUAUAAAGCUCAUCUUAAAACUUGUGGCACUAGAGGCCAUUCUUGUGAUUGUGGUCGAGUUUUUUCCAGAGUUGAGAGUUUCAUCGAGCACCAAGAUGCUUGUGUUGUCAGGCAUGCUCAUCCGGAUUUAACAGUAUUCCAGCGUAUAUGUUCGUCUAGCAAUGCAUCAAACACUAGUCCCUCAAACGACGAAAAUUUGAACAUUUUAGGAGUAAUGCCAAGAAUGCAACAAAUCCAUUAUCACCACAAACCUUCCCAUUCACAACCUCAAGAAAAGAAUAUAGAACUUCAGCUUCUACCAUCGUCGUCGUUAUUUGAACUGAAGAACAACCAUGAAACCCAUUUGAAGCUUUCAAUUGGAACCGAAGUUAGCUUUCAUACAGAUGAAGAAAAAAAGAUGAACAUGGCUAUGACUGAAAAGGCAUUUGCAGAUGAGUCGAGGCAGCAAGCGAAGAGGCAGAUUCAAAUGGCGGAGUUGGAAUUCGCGAAUGCGAAGAGAAUUAGGCAACAAGCUCAAGGAGAAUUAGAGAGAGCUAAACGUCAGCAAGAACAAGUUGCAAAGAAAGUCAACUUGACCAUUUUAGAGGUCACUUGUCAUUCUUGUAAGCAACGUUUCCAAGCUGCUAGUAAUAAAGCUUCAACCACUAUAGCUGAUGAUACCUCGUUUGGUUUGAGUUACAUGUCUUCAGCAGUAACUGAAGGAGAAGGUGACUAUUAGUUUUUCCUAGCAAAUCUCUCUCUCUCUCUCUCUCUCUCUCUCUCUCUCUCUCUCUCUCUCCCAACUGUACGUGUGUUUAUAGAUGAUUCCAUUUAUGUCUUUUCA